AUGCGGCUGAUCGUGAUUUUCACACCGACUCGCUUGGGAAAGUCUCACGGAAAGCUACUACUUACUUAUGACAGUGGAGAAUCUCUUUGGGUUACCCUGGAAGGUUACGCCAAGGAGGCGAACAUUUACUUGGAAAAGGGAUCGUUGAAUUUUGAUGAGACGUUCAUCGGCCUAACGCGACAGAAAACCCUCACACUGACAAACAACAGCAAAUAUUUGGUUAACUUUGAGUGGAAGCUCUACGUUAGCGCCAAGGAAGAGAUGGCUCACCUUGACAAGCUUAAAGAGUCGAUGCACCACAUGAAAGAGAAUGAGGCUACCAAAUCAAAUAAAUUGCAACAUUUAGAUAUAAUUGACGCGGGAGGGCACUCCAAAGUUUACGAGCGCAUUUACGCCGACGAAGUGAGCGAAUUAGAGGCGGGAAGCCUGCUUCUCUUCCAAAACCCAUAUUUUCGUAUUGUGCCCUUACGGGGAGAAGUGUGGCCCAAUGCCAAAUUUACAUUUACAAUUUUCUUUGCACCUACGCGUGUUGGUAGGUAUAAUUCUGCGGGCUACUUGUACGUAACUGGACGAGGCCAAAGAGUGCGCCUGCUUCUAAAUGGACUGGCCAUGGGACCAAUGAUUGAGUUAAACAUGACCAGGUUGGAUGUGAAUAAACUGUACAUGUGCUCUGUGCACCAGUACGAAAUUGUUGCAAGAAACAAAGGUGAUAUUCCUGGCGGUGUAAAAUUUGUUAGCCAAGAAUUAGAUUUUGGCGGCACGAUGUCGUGUGAACCGGAACUAAUACUGUUGGAACCGGGCAAAUGUGGGAGAUUCGUGAUAACUUUCAGCAGUCGGGAACAAGGAACGUUCAUCGAAGAAAUUCUGUUCAAUAUUGAAGAAUCGCGAGAAGUUCUUCGCGUUAUAUUUACGGGUGAAAUCGAUUGUCCCUAUCUCUCAUUUGAGGAAUGCGAAAUAGAUUUUGGAACAGUCCCAAUCGGUGACCCCAUACGAAAGCAAAUAGUAAUGAAGAAUAGUUCGCUUGUUCCUAUCAGUUACAAACUAUCAGUGCAAGGAGACGGGGACAUACCCUCGGUGACCUGUGCAGAGUACGCUUCGCUACCAAUCAGGUGUGGGUUGAGUAAAAGGCCGAGAGAAUUCGAUUACUGUCAGCGAAGUGGAAGUGUCCCCCCUAAUUCGUGCUUCCACAUGGAGCUCACGCUAACAGCCAACAUCGUUCGACAUCGCUCCACAGCGCUCAUUAUUAAAAUGUGGGACUCGCACAAGCACACAAUCUCCUUGCCUCUUUCGUAUGCGGUAUCAGUACCCAAAGUGAGCUGCGUUCCACCAGAAAUCAACAUACGAUUUUGCUUUCUGAACUACCCUUACCAUCGUACCGUUAUAUUGCACAACGAAACCCCAUUAUCUGGAUACGUGGAAAUUGACGCAUCUUCUGUAAGUAUGCAUUGUUGUAACGCACCCCGUGGUUAUUGUUUCUAA